AUGAGAGGCUUAACGCCUCCUCUACCUUCCGUUUCUUUCUUUCUUUCUUUCUUUUUCAGUCUUUAUUUAUUUAUUUAUUUAUUAUAUCUUCCUUUCUUAUUUCUUUCUUUCUUUCUUACUUGCUUUUUUCAGUUCUUCUUUCUUUCUUUCUUUUUCAGUCUUUAUUUAUUUAUUUAUUUAUUAUAUCUUCCUUUCUUAUUUCUUUCUUUCUUUCUUGCUUUUUUCAGUCUUUCUGUCUUUCUUUCUUUCUUUCUUCAUUCUUUCUUCUGUCUUUCUUUCUUUCUUAUUUCUUUCCACAUUCUUUUUUCUUUUCUUUCUUCUCUCUUUCUUUUUCUUCCUUCUGUCUGUCUGUCAUUCUUUCUUUCUUUCUUUCUUUCUUUCUUUCUUUCUACAUUCUUUCUUUAUUCUUUCUUCCUUUCUGUCUUUCUCUUUCCUACUUUCUUUCUUUUUUCAAUCUUUCUUUCUUUCUUUUUUCUUUCUUUCAUUCUUUCUUUCUUACUUCUUUAUACAUUCUUUUUUCUUUCUCUCUUCUGUCUUUCUUUCUUCUUUCUUUCUUCUUUCUUUCUUCAUUCUUUCUUUUUCUCGCUAAAAUCAAUCAGUAUCUAUCUAUGCUUCACUUUCUUUCGUUCUUUCUUUCUUUCUUUCUUUCUUUCUUUCUUUCUUUCUAAAGUCUAUGCAUAUCUAUCUAUCUAUCUAUCUAUCUAUCUAUCUAUCUAUCUAAGCCAUCUAUCUGAGUUUAGUUAUUUGUCUAUCCCGAGUCUACGCAUAUCUAUCUAUCUAUCUAUCUAUCUAUCUAUCUAUCUAUCUAUCUAUCUGAUCAUUUAUCUAUCUAAUCUAUUCAUAUCUAUCUAUCUAUCUAUCCAUCUAUCUGAGUUUAUCUAUCUAUCUAUCUAUCUAUCUAUCUAUCUAUCUAUCUAUAUCUAUCUAUCUAUCUAUCUAUCUAUCUAUUUAGACAUUUGUCUAUCUGAGUUUAGUCAUUUAUCUAGCAGAAUCUAUUCAUAUCUAUCUAUCUAUCUAUCUAUCUAUCUAUCUAUCUAUCUAUCUAUCUAUGAGUCUCCAUUUUUACUUCACUUUUUCUGUCUUUCUUUGUCUUCUUUUUUCGCAUUUCCAUUUUUUCACACUAGAUUCCUUUCUUUCUUUAUUGUCUUUUUAUAUAGUCUCCAUCUUUUCCUUCACUCUUUCUUUCUUUCUUUCUUUAUUUCUUUCUUUCUCUCUUUCUUUUCUUCUUAUAUAUCUCCAUGUUUACCAUUAACUUUUUCUUUAUUUCUUUCUUUCUUUCUUUCUUUCUUUCUUUCCAUCAUUCCUUGA